AUUUAGAGGUGAUUCGACGAAAAAUUACGACGAACAACAUUUUCAAAGAGUUUUGUACUACUUAUUUGGGUUUUUAACAUGGAAAGACUUGAUUUUAUUAUUUUAGGUGCUACUGGUUUUACUGGAAAAUAUACUGCAAUUAAUUUAGUGAAGUUGUGUAAACUACCGGAUUAUACACAUUUAAAAUGGGGUAUAUGUGGCCGGUCGAAAGAAAAAAUAAACGACUUGAUGAAGGAACUUGAAAUCAUCGGAGCUCGUACAUCAGAAAUUACGACUAUUAUUUGUGACGUUCUUUCUGGAGAUUUAUCAAAUGUGAUAAGUCGAACAAAGAUUGUCAUAAACUGCACGGGUCCUAACACAAUACUUAGUGAGCCUAUAGUAAAGACGUGCAUUGAAAAUUCUACAGACUAUGUUGAUAUAUCAGCAGAACUUUAUCACAUGUUGGAUAUUUAUAAAAAAUAUAACAAAUCGGCAGAACAGGCCAACGUGUUAAUCAUACCUUCCUGCGGGUUUUCUUCUAUUCCUGUUGCAUCUGGAUUAAUUUAUUUAGAAAAUAACUUUCAAGGCACUCUAAAAAGUGUACAAUGUUACACCAGACUGGACAUUCCUUUGCGCGCAUAUGUACCAUGGGCAAACAACUGCCUCAUAAAUUCUGGAACUUGGGAAUCAAUGAUUCAUGUUUUCCACAAACUGCCUGAGCAUGCACAAUUGAAGAAUGAAUUGUUUCCGGAAAAUCCCUAUGAGCCUGAACCACAGGAAUUAAAGAGGUCGCUUUUCCACGUGCAUAAUCGUAAAGUUUGGUUUACAUACCCGGGACCCGAUGCAGACGUAAUUGACAUAUCUGAAAGGUAUCUGCAAAAAUCUGAAGGUGCUAAGCCUUACCAUUUUAAGAUGUACGCCACAAUGCCUUGUUUCCUUCAAAUUAUUGUCGUCACAACAGCGAUAUUUUCCUAUUAUUACAUGUCAAGAUUGAAGUGUUUCAGAAAUUUAUUAAUUAAACAUCCUAGACUUUUUUCGGCUGGUUAUGCUACUCAUAAAGGGCCUUCUAGCAAGAAUGCUCGUGAAACUGUUUUUACAAUGACUUUUAUUGGCAAGGGACUGGACAAAAAUGGAAUCCAGAAGAAAAUGAUUGCAAAGGUAACAGGAUCUGAUCCCGGAUAUGAAACCACAUCAACCUUGUUGAUAAUAUCAGCAUUAACAAUUCUAAAAGAGAGAUCAAAAAUGCCAAAGGGUGGUGUAAUAGCACCGGCUGCUGCUUUUCAUGGCACCAAUAUCGUAGAGACAGUAAAAACAUUAAAAUGCUUGCAGUUUGAUAUUGAAUCCAGUUGAUGUUAUUACUUAAGUACUUAUAACUUGCCACUUUUUAAGCCACUACAAGCUGUAGGCGCUGUAACCGUCCUCAAAGACAGCAGCGUCAGUUAUUGCUUCGUUUUUACAUUGAAACCACUUAAAAGCAAGAUUUUUAUUUUGUAUAACAUUUCAUCUUCUACCUCUACCAUACCAACGUAAUAUAAUUAUAAAGCUGUGUUGAUUAUUGUGAA